ACCAGGCAAACCUGAACAUCAAAGCAUGACUCCACAGCCCCUGACCAUGUAGAAACCGUUCUGUUCAGCUUGACUUGCCACUUCGCUGGAGAGUGGCAAGUUUCGACGAGUCCUGUGGACUGGACGAAACAGUCAGCUCGUCAUCAUGACAAUCCCUGUUGGCGGUGAAAUUGGAGAGGAAAUUCAUACUGUCGACCAGCACCUGAGCUUCCACUCUGGUACUGGUAAGGCAAUCGUUAACGGCAAGACGGAGGUCGUUGCGCCUGGGGAUGUUGUCAUUGUCCCCGCAGGAGCUCAACAUAAUUCUAUCAAUACGGGAGAAACUCCUCUGAUUAUCUCGACGGUCUAAGGUCCGGCUGAGCACAAGGCGAAUACUGUGCACUCGACUCGGGAGGAGGGUAGAGACUGGAAGCAACGUUCGGCCCUAGGUUCCUACAAGAGCUAGCGGGGGCCGGUAGCUAUCUCGGUAUCUGGGCCACUGGACGACUUUUUCGAACGAAGGCAGAAGCCGCCCCGAGUCUGCUGCUUUGCGACCAUCACUGCUUUUGUUCUUGCUUUGACGUUUGUUCCUAAUGAAAGGUUUCCGAACGC